AUGGCCCAGCUUCUCACCUCCCGCCAGGCGGAGGAGUUGCACAAGUCGAUCGUAGCUUACAUGCUCUCUGCGGGCAUGACCGAAUCUGCUGCUGCCCUCCGCCGAGAAUCAAACCUGGCCGACACUUUCGACGAUGCCACCGCAAAGAAGUAUGAGACUUUGUUGGAAAAGAAAUGGACUUCGGUUGUCCGCCUGCAAAAAAGAAUCCUCGACUUGGAGGCCAAAAACAACCUCCUCCAGCAGGAACUAGACUCAGCUACUCCGCUCUCCUCUAGCCGCAAGACUGACCCUGCCACAUGGCUGCCUAAAGCCCCUGCAAGAUAUACACUGGAAGGACAUCGAGAUCCCGUCACCUCGGUCGCUUUCCACCCCGUCUUCUCCUCGCUUGCCUCUGCGUCCGAAGACUGCACCAUCAAAAUAUGGGAUUGGGAAUUAGGCGAACUAGAAAGGACGCUGAAGGGCCAUACCAAGGCUGUUCUCGAUGUCGAUUUUGGAGGCCCGAGAGGGGGCACGCUGCUGGCAAGCUGCAGUAGCGACCUGACCAUUAAAUUGUGGGAUCCCAGUGACGAGUACAAGAACAUCCGAACCUUGCCUGGACACGACCAUUCAAUCUCCUCCGUUCGUUUUAUACCUUCUGGUGCUGCCGGUGCUCCACUUUCAGGCAAUACUUUGGUCUCCGCUUCGAGAGACAAAACGCUGCGAAUAUGGGAUGCCACUACCGGAUACUGUCUAAAGACUCUAAAGGGCCAUACAGACUGGGUGAGAGCCGUUACCCCUUCAAUCGAUGGCAGGUGGCUGCUAAGUGCAGGCAAUGACCAAAUUCCUCGCUUAUGGGAUGCCAGUUCUGGCGAGGUCAAAAUUUCCUUUCUUGGCCACGAGCACUACCUAGAAUGCGUAGCAUUCGCUCCCAGUACUGCUUAUACCCAUCUGGCUGGCAUAGCUGGUUACAAGAGGCCACCCCCGUCAAGCAGCAGUGGGGAAUUCCUGGCGACUGGAGGUAGAGAUAAGCUCAUUAAGAUAUGGGACAACCGGGGGACCUGUCACAAAACACUGGUUGGACACGACAAUUGGAUUCGUGGCUUGGUUUUCCAUCCCGGUGGAAGGUAUCUGCUGUCCAUUUCGGACGACAAAACAAUUCGAUGCUGGGACUUGUCGCAGGAAUGCAAGUGUGUCAAGGUGGUUGACGAUGCCCAUCAACACUUUAUUAGCGGUAUUCGCUGGGCUCCUGAUAUUCCAGUUCAGCCCACGGCCAAUGGCGAAACCAACAGCACAGCCCUGGCAGUGAAAAAGGAAGACAGUGGCGGGGGAGGCAAGAUUCGGUGUGUCAUUGCGACAGCCAGUGUCGAUUUAAAUGUUCGUGUCUUCGCUGGCUAG